AUGGCGUGUCCAGUGCUGGAGGUCUCCAUGGAAGCAGCCUUCCUCAGAUUUCUCUUGAGGAGCCCUUGGCGGGUUCAGACUCAGCAGCUUUCAGAUAGAGGCCGGGUGCUUUGUGCCCCAGGAGGCCUUGCUCUGGUCCUCAACCUCAAUGACAAAGUGCUAAGUGAGCCUCUCAAGCACUCUGAUUUCUUCAACGUCAAGGAGUUAUUUUCUAUCAAAAGCCUCUUUGAUGCCCGCGUGCACCUCGGACACAAAGCUGGCUGUCGGCACAGGUUCAUGGAGCCAUACAUCUUUGGGAACCGCCUGGGCCAGGACAUCAUUGACCUGGAGCAGACAGCUAAGCACCUGCAGCUGGCCUUGAAUUUCACAGCCCACAUGGCCUAUCGCAGAGGAAUCAUCCUGUUUAUGAGCCGGAACCGGCAGUUCUCACACCUGAUCGAGAACACAGCCCGAGACUGUGGCGAGUACGCCCACACCCGCUACUUCAAGGGCGGCCUGUUCACCAAUGCCCCCUUGCUGCUCGGCCCUGGCGUCCGCCUGCCGGACCUCAUCAUCUUCCUCCACACGCUCAACAACGUCUUUGAGUCCCACGUGGCGGUGCGAGAUGCUGCCAAGAUGAACAUUCCCACCGUGGGCAUCGUGGACACCAACUGCAACCCCUGCCUCAUCACCUACCCUGUGCCCGCCAACGAUGACUCACCUGCGGCGAUCCAGCUCUUUUGCAGACUCUUCCAGACAGUCAUCAUCCGGGCCAAGGAGAAGAGGAGGCAGGUCGAGGCCUUGUACCGCCUGCAGCACCCCAAGGCAACCGAGGGUCAGCGGCCAGGGCCCCAGCCCUCCCCAGGAGCAUAG